AUGGUCAAGUUUAUCAGGUACACCGAAAGUAGCUUCAUGAUGACCGACAUUGCUGGGUCCUCGAUGUCCUUUGGCUUCUAUGGGACUUCUGUCACAAUAGUUGGGGCUAAACGAUUUAAUCAUGGCAAUUACCAAGUUCAAGUGGAUGGGCAAUCUUUUCCUACUUCUAGUGGCCUCUCGUCUGCCGGUUUAUUCAACCAAACAUUGUUCACUACGUCCACAACUCUCGGAUUCCAUGAGGCGACCAUCACAAACCUCGAUAACAAGUUUCUUGACAUCGAUUAUGUCGCCUAUACCACCAAUAUCGGAGAAGAGAACGAGCCUUUGAUUAUCAACAUGUUCAAGGACUCUCACCCUUCCUUCAUGUAUCUGCCUCAGACGUCCUGGGCUCUCCCCGAAUCAUCAGGUUUUUUCGUUGGAGGUUGUGGGCAUGCCACAAGAGAUGCGACUGCGAAUGCCACCUUCAGUUUCCAAGGCAAGCUCAUCAAUAUCGAAAACUCGCCUGGCAUUGACACCACAGAUGACUACCUAGGAAACGCAGUAGCGCUCUACGGCCCUGUCGGCCCAACCAGCUCUGAAUACACUGUCAGCCUGGAUGGCGGUGUCCCAGUGCCCUUCAACGCGGUCAAGCAAUUUUACAGACCGCAGCAGCUACUUUUCUAUGCUGCGAACCUCUCUUCCACGACGCAUACGAUCCAAAUCAGCCUUGGGUCAUCGCGAGGAUCUUUAGCGAUCGACUAUGCCACAGUAUACACUACUCCCUCUCUCGGUGGAAGCUUUGGAACGCCAAUCAUUGAAUCUUCUGACCUACCCAGUCAGAAUGGAGCAGCCGGUCUGAACACGACCAUGUCGUCGGAAGAAUGGAGGUACUACUGUCUCUUUAAAGCCUGCACGUCAGACAACCUUUUGAAUCUCGUAACAGAGGCUUAG